AUGGCGAAUGAGACGUGUUCGUCUGGCGAAGUCAUGACUGAUGCCGCGAAAACGGCAAAUCAGCUCUACAAGAUCCACAACCAGGAUGACUUCAGCCGGAUCACCAAGGGAAUUAAGGUUGCACGGUGCAUGCAGUCACCGUCGACUUACGUACCUGAUAGCGAGCAGAUAAUAUGUGAGCUGGUGGUAUCCGAUUCUUUGUGUUGUUCUUAUUGUAAUACCGAAUUUGAAGACAAGGUACAACAGAGACUCCACUACAAGCUGGAUUGGCAUCGUUACAAUCUGAAGCAACAUCUGAAUGGUUUGAAAUCAAUUAGUGAGGACAAUUUCAAUAAGUUGGCCGGCGAAGGCGAUAUGUCUAGCCUGUCUGGUAGCGAGGUAGAGUCCGAGAACGAUGACGAUGCUGGUACUUCGGAGACUGGGGCUUCAUCUAAUGAUCAAAUCAAGAAUGAGUCGUCAAGUAAGACUGGACUUGGCAGGUCCAGAAAGACGUCAGAAAGACGCGGGAAGGUAAUCGAGUCAGACAUUUCGGACACUGAGUACAACGAGGAAAUGUCCAAGGAACGAAAGCUGCAGGUUGUCGCAAGUCGUCACACCAAGGUGUUUUUCGAGAACGAUGAUGGCAAUAUAUUUAGUAUCUACAGGUGUUUGCUGCAUCAUAAAAAGGACAUUCCCGAAAAAGACACCGAGAUGAUCGCUCAGGCACUGGACAGCGGCAGAAAGUCCAAAUGGAUGGUUAUCAUGGUCGGUGGUGGACACUUCGCCGCGGCAGUAUUUCAGGAUGGUGAGCCUAUCGUGCACAAGACUUUUCAUUCUUAUACCGUGCGAGCAAAACAAGGCUUCGCUCAAAAUUCUCGUACAAAUGGUAAUCACGCGAAAAGCGCUGGUGCUAGUUUGCGAAGAUAUAACGAAGCAUCGCUUAUUCAGCAUGUACAAGAGAUAUUGGAGUCAUGGUCAAUGCACAUCAACAAUUCAGCAGCUAUUUUGUACCGAGCGGUCGGCCCACACAAUCGUACGGUGCUCUUCGGUGGCAAGAAUCCACCUUUAGAUAAGAACGAUUUUAGAAUAAGACCACUGCCAUUCCCUACUCGAAGAGCAACGUUUAGAGAAGUCAAGAGAGUAUAUGAUAUUUUGAGCACCAUGGAGAUUUAUGGCUCUGCGGCGGAUUUUACGGACUGUUUCCCCAACUCUCCGCGACAGCCCGUACGGAAGAAAGUUUCGAAACCGGAAAUCAUGAGCGAGAUACCUGAAGGAGAAGUUGCUACGGAAUACAAUUCUAAUGCCGGUAAUCUCAGUAGUCUGCAGGAUAACAUUAAGACACCUGCGCAAUCUACUCCAGAGAAGCAACAUCGGAAUUCUCGUCCGCACAUAGAUAGAGCGAAGCCGAGGAAAAGUCCGAAUCGGCCACUGCCAGAUAUAAUUGUUAAAUUAGCUCAGUCGUCCUCUGAGUCCGAAAUAGAUCCAAAUUUUCCAAUAGACGUUCUUUUAACUGAAGAAAAUUUUGAGGUAUCAUUUAGGGCGAAUUUACAAGCGUUUCAAGAUACUGUGCCGAGAUACAUGAAAAACAAGAAAGCUCAUCGACAGAAAAAGAAAGUCAAGAAAGACAAUCAGAUGAAUAAUGAAGUGCUGUCGGACGCUAAGAUCAAAUUAUGGACUGCCUGUAAGCGGGGCGAUAACGAUCUGUUAUCAUCAGUUAUUGAUACCUUAUUAGCCAAAAUUAAGGAGUGCGAAGAGGAGCAAAACAAAAAAGAUGUCACAGACAGUUACGUCAUGUCCAACAAUACUCCCGUGAGCACGAAUGACGUGACAAAAUUGGUUAACGAUACCAAUGAGGAUGGCAAUACAAUGCUGCAUUUGGCGGCACUCGGUGGACAUUGCGAGCAAGUAUGGUUGCUGCUAGAAAUCGGAUCUGACCCUUGCAAUAAGAAUAAAAAACUGCAAACACCAUAUGCUGCUGCAAACGAUAAGAAAACUAGAAAUGCGUUUAGAAGAUUUAUGGAAGCUAACCCGGACAAGUUCAAUUAUCAAAAAUCUCAAAUACCUGGACCGCUCUCUGAUGAGAUAGAACAAGCAGAAACGGAAAAGAAAAGACAGCAGCGUAAGUUGAAACGCUUUAAGGAGAAAGUUAAGAGGAAGGAAUUCGAAUUGAAGAAGCAAGAGGAAAACGAGAAGCAGAAAUUCCUUAAUCUCAGCGAUAAAGAAAAGAGAGCUUUGAUUGUACAGAAUCGGAUGUUGAGUGAAGGAUACACUGUGGUGUCGCGAUGCUUCCAAUGCGCCAUCGAUAUGACUGAUAAGGUGCCUUUCGAAUAUAAUGCCAAUCGUUUCUGUUCAAUGCCAUGUCUCAAAGAGCACCGUCUUCACAAUAAAUAUGUUAUCUGAUGGUGCAUUAUGUCUAGUUAGGAAAACUUUUAUGCCAAUUACUCAUUUGCAAUUGUGAUUACGAGAGGCUGCAUUUACAGUCAAGUUACAAUCAACCUCAGAUAGCAUACGAACAUUCUGUAAAUAUUUAUUAAGAACAUUUGUACAUUCUGUAGAUGUAUUAAAAAUACUGCAAAUAUUAAUAGUAUGUUCAUAUAUUCUAGUGAUACAGCUGU